UCUCUCCUAAACUCGCAAACCAGGGAGAAAGAUUACCGGACAUACCGGUUAACAUGUUGAUCCCCAGUCGGUCACCGGCCAUCUUCCUCAUCAGCGAUUCCGCCAAGUUCUUUCCUCAGUUGUCUGAAGUCGAAGGCCCUAUAUACCACCGAGGCUGAGGUUUAAGUUUUCGGGGCCCCGAAAUUUUAGCCUGAACGCGGCAUUGUAUUAGGUUCUUCUUCUCUGGCCAUAAAAAUAACUUCUUUAUUGUAGCUUCCGCGCUUCCUAUUUGUCUCUGGCCCAGGUCUCCAACUGAGCUGCCACUUUUGCAUGAAGUCGCACACCUUACGGGAAAUUAAAGCCUAACGAUGCCUAAGGUUGGGUUCUGAUUUACUACUAUGUUUCCCAAUUUAUAAUUAGUAAUAAUUGAUUAAUUCUCAUGGACCAGCAUAACGAGUUGCUACUCUUGCCAAGUUUCUCAGAAUCAAGAGCAGGCAUCUUCUGGAUUAUUUAUUUGGACUAGAUUGUUGGUGUAUUCGGCUUGAUUUUUAAUGGCUAUCUCCGUUAGGGUAAGCAGUGAAAGUCUAUUUGUCAAAACUGUGUGCGCCAUUGUGGUGAAGGGUCACUGGGACGAUAUUUUGAAGCCCAAGAUUGGUUCUUUUGUGUCUUCAAGUACGAUCAAUCAGGCACUUAUUAGCCUUUCGUCAUAUGGGUUUUCUCUUUCUUGGUCAUUUUAUAAAUGGGUUGAAACCAUUCCCGAUUACAACCAUUCUUUACAGUCUUGUUGGACAAUGAUUUGUGUGUUAACUAAGCAAAAGCAUUUCAAGUCUGCACAUGCUAUGCUUGAAAGGAUUGCGCUUAAAGAUUUUUUGUCAUCGCCAACGGUGUUGAAUGCUCUUGUGAGCGGUUGUGACAGUCCAGAUGUGAAUUCUCAUGUUUUGAGUUGGUUGGUGAUAUUUUAUGCUAAUUCUAAAAAGACACAGGAUGCCGUUCAAGUGUUUGAGCACAUGAGGCUAUGUGGGUUUAAACCUCAUUUGCAUGCUUGUACUGUCCUGUUGAACUCUUUGGUCAAGGAUAGAUUAUGUGAUACAGUGUGGAAAUUAUACAGGAAGAUCAUAAAAGCUGGGGUCGUUCCAAACCUGCAUAUAUACAAUGUGUUGAUUCAUGCUUGUUGCAAGUCCGGGGACGUGGAGAAAGCAGAAGAGUUAUUGAGAGAAAUGGAGUUUAAGGCUGUAUUUCCUGAUCUAAUAACGUAUAAUACGUUAAUCUCUUUGUACUGCAAAAAGGGCAUGCAUCAUGAGGCUUUGUGCGUGCAGGAUAGGAUGAAAUCUGGGGGUGUUUGUCCAGAUAUCUUUACCUAUAAUUCUCUCAUUUACAGUUAUUGCCGGGAAAGUAGAAUGAGGGAGGCUCACAGGCUUUUUAAGGAAAUUAAAGGGGUUACACCAAACCAGGUUACAUACACUACCUUGAUCAAUGGAUAUUGCAGAGUGAAUGAUCUUGAUCAAGCUUUACAAUUGCGUGAUACCAUGGAGGCUAAGGGGUUGUAUCCUGGUGUUGUGACUUAUAAUUCAAUUCUUCGCAAACUGUGUGAAGACAGUCGGAUAAAGGACGCAAAUAGACUGUUGAAUGAGAUGAAUGGGAAAAAGGUUGAACCUGAUAACAUCACAUGUAAUACUUUGAUAAAUGCCUAUUGCAAAAUUGGAGAUAUGAGGUCUGCUUUGAUGGUUAGAAGUAAGAUGUUAGGGGCUGGAUUGAAACCUGACUCUUUUACUUUUAAGGCAUUAAUUCAUGGGUAUUGCAAAGUGAAGGAUGUAAAUGGCGCUAAAGAUAUAUUAUUCGAGAUGCUUGCUGCAGGACUGUCUCCUAGUUAUUGCAUGUUCUCUUGGCUUGUAGAUUUUUACUGCAACCAAGAUGAUGAAAAAGCAAUAAUAAAAUUGCCAGAUGAACUUUCAGGGAGAGGUCUUUGUAUUGACAUCUCUGUAUACAGGGCACUUAUACGACGCCUGUGUAAGCGGGAAAAGGUUGAUUGCGCCGAGAAAGUUUUUAUCACUAUGAAUGAGAAGGGAAUAUCAGGAGAUAGUGUGGUAUACACUAGUCUGGCUUAUGCUUACUUUAAAGAGGGAAACAUGGUCGCAUUUUCAAGUUUGUCACAUGAGAUGUAUAGGAGACGGUUGAUGGUAACUCUCAAAAUCUACAAAAGCUUUAGUGCUUCUUUUGCUAAUGACGGAAGCUGCCUAAAUACCUUUUGGGACAAUUUGGUCCAUAGAGGCUUAAUUUCUAAAACUACUCAAAUUCACAUUCAAGAGUUGAAAAUAAAUGAGGGUUGACAAACUUCUAAAUUUGUAUUUUCAAGCUAGCCACACUACAUGGGUAGUUCAGUGUGGUUCGCCUUCAUAUGCACCAGGACGUUGAACAAAGGAUGUAAGUUGCUGAGCAUCAACUUCUGUUGCUUUUAGAGACCAUAUAUGUGGCAAUUUAAUCCCUUUGGCAGGUCCUGAUGGUUAUGGUACUGCUUAAUUUCCCAAGAAUAAUCUUCAUUGCAGGAUUUAACAAGUGGGCUCUUUGUCUAAGCAACACGGCUUUUGUUCUGCAUAAAGCUUAUUUACGCUGGGUCUGAAAUUAUUUACAGGAAAUUCAGAUGGAUCAGACCCUAAGGGGAUAAUCUUUUAGUCAUUUUAUGAAUUUGACCAUGGAGGAGCUUCAUAAAAGCAGGAUAAGUUGAAACUCCGAGUUUCCUGUCUAGCUUUUGCGGUGUGUGGCUUUCUGACAUGUCGAUGUGCAUCUUAGCUGAAUAUAUGUUAUUACUAAAGCCAUGGUCAUCAAGAUAUCCGGGCUCUGGAUUUUGGACUUUGAUAGUGGCCACUGAAAGCAACCAAUGGGACCUGUAUUGUGUAUCCAGAAUACUCUUGCUUCUUCUGAAUACAAGUCCUGCCAGAUAUAGCUGUCAUCAAGUAUCUUGUAGCAGUGAUGAAUAGAUCAUUUGUUUGUUAUGCAGUUGAUUGUCACUUCUAAUCAUUGAAUGAUCUGUAGAACUCACUCAGAUUUGUUUAGAAAACUGGCUGAUUAUAUCAGGAAUAGUGGCUCAAAGCUCUUCCAUGCUCAUUGUUUGGAAACCGGCAGCUGUAUCAAUUUGACCUAUGUCAAAUGUGUAAAGAGCCUUUGAGAAGUCUUGUGGUCUAGGGAGCCUGUUUACAUCAGAUGCUAUCUUGGCGGCAAAAUUUGAGAAGAUUCAUCUCAAUCAUCAAGCUUAGGAUGCAUAUAUAAUAUUACCAGCGUAUAUUGGUUUUGAGUUCGGGAUUUCUUCUACCUUGAUUGUAGAAGUAAGCUGUUCGUGCUUUGAACUGGGGGUAGUGUUCGACUUGAAUAUCCAGAGGAAACGGGCUUACACCUGUCUGAAACCAUGAUUCGUUCUGCCGCCGAAUGGUGGCCCCUCCAGUUGCAAAGUUUGCUCCAUGCCGGAAACUGGUUCCUACUGAAUCCAGGUAUGGACUUAGCAACGGUAAUGCCAGGUGCUCAGCUGAGUUUAGAGGAGCAAACAUUAGUUGAAGCAUUCCUUAUUACAACUAAAGGAGAUAAAGGACCAAAGCCCCCAUUAGCAAAACAAAGAUAAGAUGGGUAGUGAUCAGGUUUGAGGUCUCAGAAAUGUUACCAAUGACGUCUAUAAUUAGGCGGCCAUCAAAACCCCUACCAGCAAGUCUGUGGAUGUACGUCUCACCACAAGGUGCUAUCAUUGGAAAAAAUGCUGCUGCCAUUCCUCCUGUAUCUGAAUUAGAAUCACCGAAGUUGUAAAGUGCCGAGUAGUCACGGGACUGUAAAUCCACCACCUUUUUUGUUGUUUCUGCUGUCAAUCCACAUGAGAAAACUAUAACCACUAAGAACACAGCUCUUAGAGGCUCCAUUUUUUUUCUUGCCUAAUAGCUGAAAUUAUGUGCUGAAUGCUCGGGUUUCACAUUUGCAGAGCUUGGUUGUAUAUUUAUGAAUCAUGAUGCUUGUCGCAUCUGUUGGUGUU